AUGGAUGGGCUGGAAGCCGCAGACGAAGCUGUGAGCCUGCCUGCGGCAGCCCGGGCGCGCGGGGGGCCCAGAGAUUGGUUCCAUGGCUUCUGGGCGCGGAACUACGAUGCCGCUGCCCCCAGCCUUGGAGCUGUGAGCCAGGCGCUGACGGUGGUAUCUGUACUGCGGAACAUGCAGAUGGACAUCGACGAAACAAGGAAAUGGCUGGAUGCACAGCUCAGCCACACCCACUCGGACUUCAAGGGUGCAAAGAAGGCAUGUGACCUGCUGUGGUCCAAGACCCCGGCCAGCGAGGCGUGCCUCGUAGACUGCCUCAUUGAGGUGCUUUUCUUCGAGCCUGCAGACCGCAGCAAGUACCGCAGCGACGGAUUGAUCCAGCUGGUCAUCGAGGAGCCCCCUGGGCACUUCAACUUCACAGUUGUGUCUGCCAUGGGCGUGAUCACCGAGGGCGAGAAGGGCACUGAGAUGGCCGCCACCUACGCCCGGCUUCGCCAGCUGAGGGGCGUUGAGGUAGUGCGGGCCGACACUGCCACCUUGCAGUCGGUGGACUACAAUGCGGCAAUGGUCGAGCGUGCUGUGCAAGAGCGCGUUCAGACACCCUGGGGGUGGGUUGGCUACAGCCAAGGUUGUGCAAACGCUUUCCGUGCGGAGGCCAUCAUGCUGCAGGGCACGCCAGAACAGCAGCACUUGAUGGCCAGCUUCCGCUGCCGUCAGCUCCUCUUCUCGGCCGCAAAUGGCUCCGCGCACGCCACCUGCGGGGAUUGGAAGCUUCUGAGGGCGCUGGUGGACGGCGAGCGCUUCCUGAAGCGCUUUCAGGCAAGCAUGUCAGCAGCCACGCAGAAUCUGGCUCUGGACCUGCUGCAGAAUGCACUCUCCUCACGCCUGGCCUAUGCGGUCCUGGGCAGCGUACAGUCGCUGACCCAUGAGGGCGCAAGGAUCAUGUGGCGGGAUGGGCAGCACUGCGCCCGGGCGCCGUCCACCUCCAUGCGGGGUGUGGUGGAGCCUCAUACUGUCCCAGAAUGCUUGACGUUGAUCUCCAAUGUGAUUUUGCAGCAGAUGGACUACAGCCAGCGUCAAGACACACAAGUGGCAGUAGAGGAGGCGGUGGCACAUCCGACAAGCAUCCGAAAUGCCAAUGCCGAGCUGCUUCGGCGGGUCGACAUCCAAAGCGCUAUCCAGCGCACCCACCACUGGUCACCACUGCGCGAAGAGGUGCUGUUCGUGAGGACGGAGACGGAUGAUGUCCUUGCCAUGUUCGAGACACCGAAGGACCGGCACGUCUUUCCCUGGCUGGAGGUGAAUGCCCGCUUCGGGGUCAUCGAGCGAAAGGAGGGCCUGAACGAUUUCGCCAUGCGAGAUUGA